UAUAUAUAUAUAUAUGUAGAGGUACACGCAUACGUAUAGCAAUCGUGCCAUUCGCAAAAUAAUCCUGUGUUUUCUGAUAGGAGCAAAACAAUAAUCCUCGCUUCGGUGAAUCGAAAGGAAGAAUGCAUUUAAAAGCUUUUUUUCUUUGCUUCCUCCUUUCCUUUAUCAUUCAAUGGACCUCUCUUGUGACAUGACUUAUAUGAUGCUUAUAACAUCAAUAGCCGUGAUCUCGUUUAUAUAACGAAGUAAAAGCUCCCCUAUCUGUAUAUUUUUGCAUUUCCAUGGAUUAUAAAAAGCUCGGAUCAAAGAUUCUUCAUUGCAACCGUCGACGAUACGGAAUAUUGAAUAUCGAACGUUGAACAGGAUAUUAAAAAUAUUCUUUUCAUUAUAAAGAAUUUUGUUUGCUAAAGAUUAAUAUCAGGAAAUUCUUACUUUACUUAAGCAAAUCAUUCUAAAAUAAAAAAGAAAAAUAAAGAAAGAGAAAAAAGAAAACAAACAAAAUUAAAUGAAUAACUUAGACAUAAUAUAAGCUAAUGAGAAAUUCAUUAUUUAUUUACUACUCGAGUGACUUAAAAAAAAAAAAAAAAGAAAUCAUUGAAGAUAACGAAUGCAAAUAAUUUCUUUCAUUUUACAACCCGUUAUACGAUAUAUUAUACGAGUAUAUUUAUUUUACGAUAAAACGUUUCUCAUAGAUUUAGACAAGUAACAAGAGUUAUAACGAAAGAAAAUAAGAAGCAAUGAGGUGCAUUGUAAUCUUGUAAUUGGAUUAAGUAAAUCAAUAUUGAAUUAUAUAUGCGUAUAUCUAAUAUUUUUUCGUUUUACUAUCUUGAACGAUCGUCCAAAAUUUCCUUUACUUCCUGGUUUAAAAGAUGCCGUUAUUUUGUCGAAUAUAAGGUGAAAGACCUCGGUCGUAUAAAUCAGUAAAAAUGUAUUCAAGGCACGAAGAGACGUAUUCCGACUGGAACGUAUGGUCUCAACGAGGGAAGUAUACUCGAUCUCCACCAAAUGUAACCGUCUUUGCCGAUCCGUGCCAAGGGCGAUAAAAAUCGACCGGUAGUCGAGUAGGCGCGAUCUCUCUUUGUGUGGAUUGAGUCAUAACAUAAGCCUCUGUAUAUACACGCUUUUAUAUACUUAUAUAUAUGUAUAGAUACAUACGUUGCACCUGUGAUUCUCAGGCAAAAGAAUGCGAUCACCAAAUAUCUCGUGCGUGUGGUGAUUGAUUAUAUACGAAUACCUCUUUAAUUAAGGAAAAAGAAAAGCAAAAGUUGCUAAUGUUACUUUACAAAGUAAGAAAGAUUUCACUAGGAAUGAUACUAAUGUCUAUUUAAAAAAAAAAAAGUUAGAAAGUAUCAGGACGAAUUGGACUUGAGUCAAGCCGUACAAACUCCAAUUAUUUGCUUGAUUCUGAAAAAUAAGCUUUCUCGUCAAGGUUGUGAGAUUAUGAACGAUUAAAAAGUGACGAGAAAACGAUACGGAUUAUUGCGGAAGAAAACUUGCUUAUCCGUCAGACAUGCCAUUCGAUAGGUCUCCUGUUGUUUUGCGCAUAUAUAAAUAUUUAUCUAAUGUCAUACAACAGGACGAGUUAUUCAUAUAAAAGAUUAUGAAAAUCAUCCGGAUAACUGCACUACCAUUAAAUUUCUUCUCUCUGAGAGACUUUUCCAUAUAUUUUAAUUUGCAAAUAAACUUUCUCGAGCGUUGGGUUAACAGAAAACAGUAAAAAUAGAAGAAAAUAUUGCGAUAUUGUCUAGACUGUUUCAAGAAGAUGACUCAUGCGGAUCCAGGAGGUAAAGAAUAUCUCAAAGGCAGUCACGAUGAGGGUCGCUCAAAUGUUGUUGAGAGAAUCCUUCUUCGUUGAAAGGAUCAGAAAGAAGAAAAAAAACAAAAAAACAAAGGAGAAGAUGAAACGUUGAAACACGAGGCUAGCGAGGAUCGUCGUGAAGCGUCGACCUUGAAACGUACUCGAGGCACAGAGAGACUCGGGAGAGGUUUCGCCUUGGGUAAUCGGUGCCGCGGACUCAAAAACUAGGCCUGCGCAUAUGGUGACGUCACGAACGAUGCCGCCUCGGUAAAACGUGCCGACUGGAGAAAGGAAUCGCUUGCGAGUAAGAAACCUGGUGGGGGUCUGCUUUGGUUAGAGAGGCUUUACGUAUAGAACGGGUAGGCUCGUUCGUUCUCGUUGAAAGGAAAGAGAGAAGAAGAAUAUGAGAAAAGAGAAGGAGAACGACGGUACUCUGGUGGUGGCUGGUAAGAACGAAGCAAGUAGACCGGCGACUUUCACCGUGCAGCUAAGAUCGGCUGGUGUCGGUUCGUGGGUUGGUUCUUAACAACUUGGCCACGCUCUUGGCCCAAACCACGUUAUAAAAAUCCAAGAGAAAAAAUUAAGAAAUAGAGAAAGAGAGAGAGAAAGAGAAAGAAAGGUUACCGAUCUUCGAUACUUCUUUUUAAAAUCUCAUCGUGUUAUCUUUAUCUUCGUUGUCCUACACACCAAAGUGGAAAAAGACUGAUCACUACGGACAAGGAUUCUCAAGAACCAGCAAGACUUUUUCCAACUCGAUCGACACGCACGUGACGUCCUGCAUUUAGCUGUACCCGCAUUGUUGGUUUUGCCAACUUUUUGCUUCACGUUUCUAUCUUAAAACAACUUGUGAGGUGACUCAAUUUAACAUUUCGAAACGAUUUUCUGGAUUUUACGUACAAAUGUGUCCUUUUACCUGGUAAUCCGGUUUGUGGAUCCAAAAGAAGUGAAACAAGGAAAAUGGAUCGUUCCAAUUGUCGCUGAGAGAACGUGAAAUCCUCUUCUUUCUUUCUUUUUUUUUUUUGGGUCACAUAGAGAUCCAACAGAUCCUGGUUUCCUUCGUACGAACGAGAUAUGGCAUUGGUUUAGAUCCUCCUGAAGAGAAAAGAAGAACAACGAUGACAGGGAAACGUCUUUUUUUGGCCCGCUUCUUCAAACGAUUGCGUUUGUUUCUCUGGGCUCUCUGGAUCGUGUUACUCGUUGAAACCGGAGCGUUUCACAAUGAUGUGGAAAAACAAAGAUACGAUGGAUGGUACAACAACUUGGCUCAUCCGAAUUGGGGAUCGAUCGGCAGUAGGCUGAUAAGAAAGAUACCUGCAGCUUAUUCGGAUGGUGUCUAUGCAUUGGCUGGCCAAGACAGACCCUCGCCAAGAAAGCUAAGCGAUCUCUUUAUGCAAGGGGAUGAAGGUUUACCCUCCGUUAAAAAUCGAACUGCUCUCUUCGCCUUUUUCGGACAACUGGUCACGUCGGAAAUAAUCAUGGCCAGCGAAAGUGGCUGUCCUAUAGAGUUCCAUCGUAUCGACGUGGAUAAAUGCGAUCCGGUUUUCGACAAGGAGUGCCAAGGUAACAAGUACAUUCCUUUCCUACGUGCCGAUUACGACCGCCAAACUGGACGUAGCCCGAACAGCCCUCGCGAACAGAUAAAUAAAGUAACAAGCUGGAUCGAUGGUAGCUUCAUAUACUCCAGUAGCGAGGCAUGGGCGAACACGAUGCGAGCAUUCAAGAACGGAAGUCUCCUCAUGGAACCGAGCAGAAAAUUUCCCGUGAGAAACACCAUGCGCGCUCCACUCUUCAAUCAUGCCGUUCCGCACGUUAUGAGAAUGCUCAGUCCAGAACGGCUUUAUCUACUCGGAGAUCCAAGAACCAAUCAACAUCCACCGUUACUCUCAUUAGGGAUCCUAUUCUAUCGUUGGCAUAACGUUAUAGCGAGCCGUGUACAACGAGAAUAUCCCGACAUGUCCGACGAAGAAAUCUUUCAGAAGGCACGACGUAUAGUUAUAGGAACACUACAGAACAUCAUUUUAUACGAAUACCUUCCCACGUUGUUGGACGAAGAAUUGCCAGCGUAUACCGGCUAUAAAACUGAUCUCCAUCCAGGAAUAAGUCAUAUUUUUCAAAGUGCUGCUUUUCGUUUUGGACAUACUCUUAUACCGCCUGGUAUAUACAGACGUGACGAAAGAUGCGAGUUUCGAAAGACUAACGCGGGUCAAGCCGCGAUCAGACUCUGCUCUACUUGGUGGGAUUCGAACGAAAUUUUAGCGAAUAGUACGAUAGAAGAAUUAAUCAUGGGAAUGAGUUCUCAAAUAGCCGAGAAGGAGGACAAUCUUCUCGGUACGGAUAUACGAAACAAUCUAUUCGGGCCAAUGGAAUUUUCACGCAGAGAUCUCGGUGCUCUUAAUAUCAUGCGUGGUCGCGAUAAUGGAUUACCGGAUUACAAUACCGCGCGAAAACAUUUCAAGUUAACGCCAAGGAAAACAUGGAACGAGAUUAAUCCUGACUUAUUCAACAAAAAUCCAUCUCUACUGCGUACUCUCGUUGAAAUCCAUUCGAACAAUUUAAAUAACGUUGAUGUUUACGUCGGCGGUAUGUUGGAAUCCAGUGAUGGACCCGGAGAACUUUUUGCUGCGGUUAUUAAAGAGCAAUUUUUACGCUUGAGGGACUCCGAUCGCUUUUGGUUUGAAAAUGAAGAAUCUGGAAUUUUUACAAAAAGCGAAAUUGAAGAUAUACGCCGUGUGACAUUAUGGGACGUGAUCACAAACGCAACCAAUAUUUCGCCGGACACGAUUCAAAAACGAGUAUUCCUAUGGGAGGAAAACGAUCCGUGUCCUCAACCUUUCCAAUUGAACUCAUCCGUACUCGAGCCCUGUUUACCGUUGCAACGAUACGACUAUUUCGAAGGUAGCGAGUUCGUCUACAUCUAUGCCUGCGUUUUCCUCGGAUUUUUCCCAAUUUUAUGCGCUGGAGCCGCUUAUGGCUUAGUAAAACUACAGAACCGACGAAGACGUCGUUUACGUAUACUUCAAGAAGAAAUUCAAAGAAGAAGCGACAACCGAAUUUGCGUCGACAAGAUGGUCGUUCGCGAAUGGCUGCACGCAAAUCAUCGUCGCUUGGUGAAAGUUCGUUUCGGUCCUGAAGCAGCUUUGCAUAUCGUCGAUCGAAAGGGCGAGAAACUUCGUACGUUCGAUUUUAGUGGCGUUAAUACAAUAACCAUAGAAGAGUCUCAGGAAAGCGAAAGCGGGCAUAGAAAGGCGCUGGUAUUGUUACGUAUACCGCGUGAUUACGACCUUGUCCUUGAACUCGAUUCCUUGGCCUCGCGCAGAAAGUUCAUUGCGAAAUUGGAAGCGUUCCUGUCGUCCCACAAGAAACAUUGCACGCUUUUCCAAGUUAACCGCGAUGUUAUGCUCGCAAAAGCGGAAACUAAAGAACGUCGACAAAAGAAACUCGAACAGUUUUUCCGAGAAGCUUACGCGCUGACAUUUGGUCUACGACCUGGGGAAAGACGACGACGAUCCGAGGAUAGCGAUACAGGCGAGGUUAUUACAGCGAUGCGCACAUCUCUGUCGAAAAGCGAAUUUGCUAGUGCUCUUGGUAUGCGUCCUGAUGCAGUUUUCGUGAAGAAAAUGUUCAAUAUCGUCGACAAAGACGGCGAUGGUCGCAUAUCCUUUCAAGAAUUUCUCGAUACCGUGUUGCUCUUUUCUCGUGGCAAAACCGAGGACAAAUUGCGUAUUAUUUUUGACAUGUGCGAUAAGGACAGCAACGGUGUGAUCGAUAAAGAGGAAUUAUCCGAGAUGUUAAGAUCGCUCGUUGAGAUUGCACGUACUACCAGUCUUUCCGAUGAUCAUGUCACCGAACUCAUCGAUGGAAUGUUUCAAGACGCUGGUCUUGAAAGAAAGAAUUAUCUUACUUACAAUGAUUUCAAGUUAAUGAUGAAGGAAUACAAAGGCGAUUUUGUUGCAAUUGGAUUGGAUUGUAAAGGAGCGAAACAAAAUUUUCUGGAUAUGUCGACGAACGUCGCUCGAAUGACAAGCUUUCAGAUCGAUCAGCUGCCACCCGAAGAUUCGAAGAAUUGGGCCCGCAAACAAUGGGACGCGAUAUCGACUUUUCUCGAAGAAAAUAGACAAAAUAUAUUUUAUCUUUUCGUGUUUUACGUUAUCACUAUAGCUCUCUUCGUCGAAAGGUUUAUACACUAUUCAUUCAUGGCUGAACAUACGGAUUUGAGACACAUUAUGGGUGUUGGUAUUGCGAUAACUCGGGGAUCAGCGGCAGCUUUAUCAUUUUGUUACAGUUUAUUACUUCUCACGAUGUCUCGUAAUCUAUUGACCAAAUUGAAAGAAUUCUCGAUCCAACAGUAUAUUCCACUGGAUUCGCACAUACAAUUUCACAAAAUAGCCGCGUGCACGGCUCUCUUUUUUUCCAUUUUACAUACGGUCGGACACAUCGUGAAUUUUUAUCACGUAUCGACGCAACCGAUAGCGCAUCUCCGCUGCCUCACAAACGAGAUCAGUUUUCCAAGCGAUGCGAAGCCAACUAUUACAUUUUGGCUCUUUCAAACGGUGACAGGUUUAACCGGCAUUCUACUUUUCCUCGUAAUGACGAUCAUUUUUGUUUUCGCACAUCCUACGAUACGCCAAAAGGCAUAUAAAUUCUUUUCGUUAACUCACAGCUUGUAUGUAUUAUUUUAUGCAUUAUCCCUGAUCCACGGUUUAGCCAGAUUAACUGGUUCUCCAAGAUUUUGGAUUUUCUUCGUUGGUCCGGCGAUCAUCUAUGCUUUGGACAAGGUCGUAAGCUUGAGAACGAAAUACAUGGCUCUUGAUAUAAUUGAGACAGAAUUGUUACCCUCCGAUGUAAUAAAGAUAAAAUUUUACAGACCUCCAAAUCUUAAGUAUCUCUCAGGUCAAUGGGUACGUCUCUCAUGUACAGUCUUUAGAUCGAACGAGUUCCACUCAUUCACCCUCACUUCUGCGCCCCACGAGAACUUCCUUUCGUGUCAUAUCAAAGCCCAAGGUCCAUGGACCUGGAAAUUACGGAACUACUUUGAUCCCUGUAACUAUAAUCCGGAAGACGAGCACCCUAAAAUACGAAUCGAGGGACCGUUUGGAGGUGGAAAUCAAGACUGGUAUAAAUUCGAAGUGGCAGUUAUGGUCGGUGGGGGAAUUGGAGUUACCCCGUAUGCUUCUAUGCUGAAUGAUCUCGUCUUUGGUACUUCCACUAAUAGAUAUUCCGGAGUUGCUUGUAAAAAGGUAUACUUUCUUUGGAUAUGCCCAUCGCACAAACACUUUGAGUGGUUUAUCGAUGUUCUCAGAGAUGUCGAAAGGAAAGACGUAACCGACGUUCUCGAGAUACACAUAUUUAUAACUCAGUUCUUUCAUAAAUUCGACUUACGUACUACCAUGCUUUAUAUUUGUGAGAAUCAUUUUCAAAGAUUAUCUAAGAAGAGUAUAUUCACUGGACUGAAAGCCAUUAAUCAUUUUGGUCGACCAGAUAUGACCUCGUUUCUAAAGUUUGUUCAAAAGAAACAUAGUUACGUCAGUAAAAUAGGAGUAUUUAGUUGUGGACCACGGCCUUUAACUAAAAGCGUAAUGUCUGCUUGCGACGAGGUGAACAAGGGCCGUAGACUACCAUACUUUAUCCAUCAUUUUGAAAACUUUGGCUAGUUACUGCGAGAGGAGAACCGGAAAGUCGCUACUUUCUAGCGAUUCCUUUGGAACUUCCUAACGAGAGUGUACAUAUUUAUUGUGCUAGUGCGCGUGUUUUAUUUAUAAUUAAUAUUAUAUUUCUUAUUUAUGAAGAGAGA